AUGAUCGAUCCUGACCGUGGCCUCAUCGCCUUGAGACACAGCCUUGAGUCCCCUGAGUCCACCUUGGCUGACAAGGUUCAUACACUUCGCAGAAUCCAGGUUUUGUCCGCAGAAUCUCCCUUGAAAUGUGCUGCUUUUCUCCGGUUGGGAUUCUUGCCGAUGCUGUUGGAACUAAUUUUCGGGUACGCGGAAUCAAGAGCGCCUUCCGCUCCAAGUCCUGAUCACGUGCAUUUUGUGGACCAAGCUCUAUCUUGCAUAUUAAAACUGUUGGACCUAGGUGAGCUUCAGUGUCUCAAUAUGCUCAAAGAACAGUCGAAAUUGUCAUCAUUUCUAGCACUAUUCGAGCACGGAACAGUCACCACCAAGAUCAGUUUGUGCCGACUUGUCGAGACAAUGUCAUCGUCUUUCCAGACCAAAGAGCUCUUCACUAUGCUUGGCCACAGAUUCCGACUCAUACGUGGGAUGAUCCUCCUCCUCCACCAAAAGCCUGAGGUCUCUGAGGCGGCAAUUAAGGCCAUAUCGUCUCUAUGCUCUGUGGAAUCAAUCCGAGAAAUCUUGCUGCGAGAAGGCCUAAUCAACGGACUCCUCGCAUACAUCCUACAUGCCAAGACGCAAGAGAGAGCAUCAGCGGCGCCGUUGGGGAUGCGAUUGCUCGAGCAUCUUCUAGGAAUCGAGAAGGCGAAAGAGGCAAUUCUUGAUGAACCGCAGGGCAUAACGAGUGCUCUGGUCAAGACGUUGUUCAGAAUAUCGGAUCUUGAAGGAAGCGAUAGCGCAGUGAAUUCGCUCAUCCUCUUGUGCUACGAUUCAUCAGAGGCAAGAGAAGCUGCGCUGAAAGCAGGAGCUCUGACUCAGUUGCUGCUGCUUCUGCAGAGCCAGUGUGCUGAUACGACCAAGACGAAGGCCAGGAUGCUUCUCAAACUGCUUAGAUCAUCCAAACGGACUAUGAACAAAAAACAUGCAUAG